GCCGCGCGAGCCAAGGGCCGCCGGAUCUCUUCUCCGGUGGAAAGGAUCAAGCUGGGCGCGGGGCCUUGGCGGCGGGGCUGAGAGCGGCAGCGCGCCGCUCACACUCAUGAGGAGCCGGAAGCUGGCAGGUGGAGUGCGGUCCUCAGCACGCCUCCGAGCUCGGAGCUGCUCAGCUGCGUCAGCCUCAGACCAGGACACCCACGUCGCCACGUCUGCCCAGACAGCAUGUCAGACUCCCUCAUCACACAAAGCCACCGACAGGCGGACGUCCAAGAAGUUCAAGUAUGACAAAGGUCAUCUUGUGAAGGCAGAACUCCAGAAACACCGGAGUGACAGCGCUGCCAUGCCCUCCGAGACCCCGGGUACACACGACCCUCUGGCGUCAGCCGAGGAUGGGGCAUCGCUUCUGGGAAAGGAAGCUGGCGGCUCCGCUCCCCAGGGGACAGCUGGUCCCCUCCCAGGGCGCUGCGGAACCGAGAGUGAUGCCAGCCCGGCAGAGACUGAGGACGAGCCGCUCCCACCGAGACAUGGGGCUCCUGUGGGAGGAGAGUCCAAUGGUGGCUGCCCUGCUAGGGACGGGGUGGCGCUGGACCUGGAGCAGGGCCCCGCGGCCCCACUGCUCAUGGACGGCAGCGCCCUUCUGGACGAUGACAGCAACCAGCCAAUGCCUGUGAGCCGCUUCUUUGGAAACGUGGAGCUCAUGCAGGACCUCCCGCCAGUGUCCUCCUCCUGCCCUUCCAUGAGCAGACGCGAAUUUAGGAAAAUGCAUUUCAGAGCCAAAGAUGACGACGAGGAUGACGCCGAUGGUGCGGAAACGUAGCGGGUGAGAGGCUCACGCUGGUUCUCUGCACGGCUAGUACCACUGACAGUGAUGAUUUUGCAGAUUACGGGGUUUAUUCAAAACACAUCUCCAAGAGGACGUGCUCGUAAUCAGCACUCAGCGCUGACCCACACAGGUGGGCAGUCCCUGCGGGAGGCUGGUGCACGGGGGCUAAACGUCCUCAGGUAUAAAGCUGCUGUUUCCACAGUGAUGUGUUUUCUCCCAUCUCUACACGUGGUGGUGGGUUGAGCCAACUUCUCUCAUAAAUGAGAGACAUCUCUGUCAAAAAAACUCUUCACUCAAGCUCUCUACUUUUGAUAACAUGCAGGUUUAGUUUCUAUAAUCAAAAUUUGAUCAUUCUUAUGACUGAUUCAAUGCCAGUUCUUAAAGAACUCUCCUUUAUUUCCAUACACAAAGUUUAUGUUUACCUUGGACAUUUA